CUGACCUUCCAACUAACAAUUAUCAAUCAAAAAUUUGCAGGUAUUAAAGACUAUGGCUGCUACGAAACGAAAUGCUGGUUUAUCAUCAGUCGCACGACCCACUCUCAACGACGAGGAACUUAAAAUGCAUGUUUACAAGAAGACUCUACAAGCAAUGAUUUAUCCAAUUUCUUCAACCACACCGCAUAAUUUUGUUACAUGGACAGCAACAUCUCCCACAUAUUGCUAUGAAUGUGAAGGUCUCCUGUGGGGGAUAGCACGUCAAGGUGUUAGAUGUGUCGAGUGUGGCGUCAAAUGCCACGAGAAAUGUAAAGAUCUGCUGAAUGCCGAUUGCUUGCAAAGGGCAGCAGAAAAAAGCUCAAAACAUGGAGCAGAAGAUAAAGCUAAUAGUAUCAUAACAGCAAUGAAAGAAAGAAUGAAACAGCGAGAACGAGAAAAACCAGAAAUAUUUGAUCUUAUCCGGUUGGUUUUUGGAGUGGAGCAUGAAGCUCACAUCGAACAUAUGACAUCUAUUAAACAAUCAGUCCUAGAUGGUACUAGUAAAUGGUCUGCCAAAAUCGCCAUUACAGUUAUAUGUGCGCAAGGUCUCAUUGCAAAAGAUAAAAGUGGAACAUCAGAUCCAUACGUCACAGUUCAAGUAGGUAAAGUUAAAAAGCGCACAAAAACGAUGCCUCAAGAAUUAAACCCAGUUUGGAAUGAAAAAUUUUAUUUUGAAUGUCACAAUUCAUCUGAUAGAAUAAAAGUUCGCGUUUGGGAUGAAGAUAAUGACUUGAAAUCCAAAUUAAGACAAAAAUUAACAAGAGAAAGUGACGAUUUCUUAGGUCAAACCAUAAUAGAAGUUCGCACGCUUAGUGGUGAAAUGGAUGUUUGGUAUAAUCUAGAAAAACGUACUGAUAAAUCUGCCGUAUCUGGUGCUAUAAGGUUGCACAUCAGUGUUGAAAUUAAAGGAGAAGAAAAAGUAGCACCCUACCAUGUUCAAUACACUUGUUUGCAUGAAAAUCUAUUCCAUAGUUUAUGUGAAAACAAUGACGGAAUGGUAAAAUUACCCCAAGCUAAAGGUGAUGAUGCGUGGAAAGUUUACUUUGACCCACCUGGCGAGGAAUUAGUUGAUGAAUUUGCUAUGCGAUAUGGUAUAGAAAGCAUAUACCAAGCCAUGACACAUUUUCACUGCCUUUCCACAAAAUAUUUAUGUCCUGGAGUUCCAGCAGUUAUGUCAUCUCUUUUAGCAAAUAUCAAUGCAUAUUAUGCCCAUACAACUGCUAGUUCAGCAGUAUCAGCUAGUGAUAGAUUUGCUGCUAGUAAUUUUGGGAAAGAAAAAUUUGUAAAGCUAUUAGAUCAGUUGCACAACUCAUUAAGAAUUGAUUUAUGCAUGUACCGAAAUAAUUUCCCAGCUUCUAGUCAAGAGAAGCUUAUGGAUUUAAAGUCCACAGUUGAUUUAUUAACCAGUAUAACAUUUUUUCGCAUGAAAGUACAGGAAUUAACGUCUCCUCCAAGAGCUAGUAAUGUCGUAAAAGAUUGUGUGAUAGCUUGUCUGAAAUCAACCUAUCAGUUUCUUUUCCAGAAUUGCUACGAACUCUACAACAGAGAAUUUCAAGUUGAUCCAAAUGAAACUCGUCGAGAUGAAGAAAACUCUCCUGCCUCACUUGAUUUCUGGCAUAAACUGAUUGCUCUCAUAGUUUCUGUAAUUGAAGAAGACCGUAAUAGUUAUGCUCCUGUACUCAACCAAUUUCCACAAGAACUCAAUAUCGGUCAGCUAUCUGCUGCAACGGUUUGGUCGCUUUUCGCAAUCGAUGUAAAAGAUGCACUUGAUGAACAUGAACAAAGUAGAUCAUGUAAAUCAUCUGCUUAUAUGAAUCUUCAUUUUAAAGUUAAAUGGCUAUAUACUAAUUUUGUACAAGAUGUCCCUCCAUAUAAAGGUCAAGUUCCCGAAUAUCCAGCUUGGUUUGAACCAUUCGUUAUGCAAUGGCUGAAUGAAAACGAUGACGUCUCUUUAGAAUACUUACAUGGUGCCUUCAGCCGGGAUAAAAAAGAUGGUUUUCAAAGAAGCAGUGAACAUGCUUUAUUCAGUGUAUCCGUUGUUGAUGUAUUCACCCAGUUAACGCAAUGUUUUGAUGUUGUCUCAAAACUUGAGUGUCCUGAUCCAGAAAUUUGGAAAAGAUACAUGAAAAGAUUUGCCAAGACAAUAGUAAAAGUAUUAAUAGCGUAUGCUGAUAUCGUAAAAAGAGAAUUCCCUGAGCAUUUAGAGGACGAGCGAAUAGCUUGUAUUCUUAUGAACAAUAUCCAGCAAUUACGAGUGCAAUUAGAAAAAAUGUUCGAGUCGAUGGGUGGAGAAAAUUUAGAACAAGAUGCAGCAAAUAUAUUGAAAGAGCUUCAAGCCCAAUUGAAUAGUGCCUUAGAUGAUUUAGCUAUGCAGUUUGCCAAGAGCCUUGAGCCUCGAAUAACGAUUUCAGUGAAAGAACUUGGCGAUUUAUUGGUGGCAAUCAAGGGGAAUAGUCAAGUCCCUCAAAUUUCUCAAAGAACCAACGUAGAAGCUGAUGAAGUUCUUAGACCAUUGAUGGACUUAUUAGACGGUAGUCUUUCCUUAUAUGCUCAAUCUUGCGAAAAGACUGUUUUAAAACGACUGCUAAAAGAGCUCUGGAAAAUUGUUAUGCGGAUACUUGAAAAAACCGUAGUAUUACCUCCUAUGACCGAUAAAACCAUGAUGUUCAAAAGUUUGACUGAUAAUGCCAAAAAUUUAGCCGCUAAUGCUAAAAUUGAAGACAUGUCAAGAUUAUUCAAGAAUCAUAUGGCAGGAAAACCAGAUGUGAAAAAUGCAUUAAGCGGAGUUAUGGAUAUUUCUAAAGAAGUUGAAAAGAAUUUGUCUCCUAAACAAUGUGCUGUCUUAGACGUGGCUUUAGAUACGAUAAAAACUUAUUUUCACGCUGGAGGAAGUGGUUUAAAAAAAACGUUUCUCGAAAAGUCCUCAGAAUUGCAAAGUCUACGUUACGCUUUAAGCUUAUAUACUCAAACUACAGAUACGCUUAUUCAGACAUUUAUUACUUCACAACUUUCUCAAGACAUUGCUGGCAUAGAAGAUGAUACUGUAGGUGAGAUCAGUAUUCAAGUAGAUAUUUUUACAAAUCCUGGAACUGGAGAACAAAAAGUAACUGUAAAAGUCAUGUCUGCAAAUAAUUUGAAGUGGCCCUUGGCUAGUGGCAUGUUUAAACCAUUUGUAGAAGUAAAUCUUAUAGGACCAAAUUUAGCUGAUAAGAAGAGAAAACAAGCAACAAAGUCUAAAAAUAAUACCCUAUCACCCAAAUACAAUGAAACAUUCUACUUUACCAUUGGGAGUGAUCAACAGCUUAAUUUUUACGAACUACAUAUUUGUGUGAAAGAUUACUGCUUUGCUCGAGAUGAUCGUCUUGUAGGAGUUACUGUCGUCCAACUAAAAGAUAUAGUAGAACAAGGAUCGUGUAUACGAUCAAUCUUAUUAGGUAGACGUAUUCAAAUGGAUGAGACAGGAUGGACAAUUUUGAGGAUUCUGUCCCAGCGAAACAACGAUGAAGUUGCCAAGGAAUUUGUCAAACUUAAAAGUGACAUAAGACAGGAAAAUAUUUUACCCAAUUUAACUUGAACUGAUGUGAUUUGAAAAACUAGAUAAAAUAUAAAAGAGCUCAUAAUUGAGCUCAGAAUAACUGCUCUGACAGUUACAAUUUUUGUACUGAACCGCUGCCAAUUCGCAAGCAAUUUACAAAUAUAUACAUUUGUGCACACAUACACACAAAUCCAUGUAUUAGCAGUCUUUGUAAUGAUUUAUAAAUAUACUAUCACCUAUAAAUUGUAUUAAUAAGAUCGAAAAAAUUGUUUGAAAAUGAUUUAUAUAACAAAAUAACUACUAAAAUCUGUUCAAUCAACUGUGUACCAUAAAUUUCUAUGACAAAUAUUUCUA